AGCUACCAUCCUUCGAUUCUCGGCCAUGUUGGACGGGUUGGACGCAGCGUUGACCGAAGACCCUGUAACUGGACCAAGCUUUCGUUCCUCUUGUGGCUUUAGCUCGGAUCAGCAGCUUCGAUUUUCAUGUCCUUUGACUUGAUCCUGGGCGUCAAAAGCAGGCCGCCAAACUGCAUUCAACAGAAGUCUUGCUAGGAAGAGGACCGUGAAUGCAAGUGUCGGAUUUUCAUUUGCAUCACAAAGUGGUAUCGGACUGCGCAUCCUCGUCAAAAAUAAUAACAAAGAGGGCUAAAGGAUCCUUCGUGACGACCCGGAAUCGUUUAUAGUGAUGUAUUCGUGCGUUGAUUCGUGUUGGUCUAGUUAAAGUAAGUAGAGCAAUCCUUUGGGAUAUUACCAGGAGAUACAAGUUCGAAGUUUGACAGUACCUCGGUUGCUCGCGUUGGGCCCCGCAAGUUCCAUAUCCCUGUAAUUUUCAAUUCACGCGAAAUUAAAUCACCUUCAGGAUAAGCGUCUCGACGUUAGCCCGCGCCGUUGGGUUAUGUCAAUUCGUACGAGCCUUGAGCUCAUCCUCGGCAUCAAUUCGUCCGCCGAUCGUCGAAUCUCAUCUAUUUCGAGCUCUAAGGACAGAAGGGUAUUCGAAUACCCGAGUGAUUUCGGGGUUAUGUUAACACCCUGCACCAACAGCUCUGGAUCUGGCUCUAGCUCCGUCUCUGGUUCUGGAGCAGAGAGAUCAAGGACAACGUUCCCAUAGCUGCAGACAUGAUAGUCCGACAAGGUGAAGGUAGUGGAGUGAUAAAAUCCCGUCGAAAUGGUGCUAGGCUUUUCAAAGAUCCGCCACAACCUCACAUGUGUAUACAGGAUUAUAUACAGGGAUCGUGGAACCCAUGUUAUGUGAAUGUGCUGUCCUGGGGAAAAAUUGCUAUGCCACAUCACCCUUCUCAGCCUGUUCCCCUUUGGGGUGGCAUGAAAAUUCCUCCACCACGAACGGAGAAACCUCAGUGUGCCGUCUUUGCCGUUAUGGUCAAUCCUGUGAUUCUACGUCGGAAUGGAAAAAAUGCAGAAGACCCUCAGGAGCGUUCAGUUUUGAUCGAUCUGCUUCUAGACUUUGUUGAAGCAAUGAACGAGGGUGUCGUAUUUACGCGGUGCUACACAGUUUUGAAAGAUAGAGAUAUAACCGGGGAAUUGAAAGAAGUUUGGAUGGCAGUGCAGAUGAAGCGAGAUCGAGAGCAAGAAUCGCAGCAGGAAACUUGGAUCGAUGUUCAGCCACCAGCACCUCAAUACUCACAGUUUGAAAUGGCGCGAGAUUACUCGUAUCAGCUUAGCAACGAGCAAAUUCACAGUGCCAGGUAUCAGUCGGGUCAUAUAGUCACUCAACAGUAUCACGCCAACGUUCAGCCUCAAAUCGCUCCGGAUCAAUAUAACUACGGAGACAGAGGACGACAGCAGAAUUCUCCGCAAAAUCAGGCUCAGCAAAAUUGCCCUGCCUAUCCUACACCCCAAUAUCAGUUCCAGCAACUGCCGAGACAGUUGCUACCUCAGUAUGUUAACUCAAAUGUUCACCCUAAUGUUGCUCAAAAUGUAAACCCAAGUUACCCCAAUCCAAGCCUCGUGAAUUCGAACGUUAAUCCUAAUAUUCCUGGACAUUAUCAGCAGUACAUAGCCUUACAACAACAAAUGACCGGACCACGACAAAUCGACAAUGCUAUGCAUGCAGUCAGAGGCGUUCACUCAGAAUUACACCUCCAGGGACACGUCACCCACAUGCAAUCUAAGGCGCAGUACGAACAGAGCAUGGCACAGCUUACAUCGCAAAUGAAUUUGAGGCUUGGAAGACCUCACAUGGGAGUGACACAGAAAAGUAACGCUAACAAAUGGCAGAGAAAGUCAUCGUUAAACCCAAAGCAGCCAAAUGCGACAGCGGCAAAACAGUAUGAAGAGAGUGAAGAUGAUGGUUGGCUGAUAAUGAACAAAAUCUCUCGUGUAAGGAAAGUAUCGAAAGACCAGGGGACAUCGGAAAAGCAGAGCACUGGGCAAUCGUUACCCUCAAAAACUAAGGAUGUGAAGGAAGAAUCCGGCGUCGAAGAUAGUGAAUUUAAAAAUAUCCAGGUAACGGAUUUGGAUGAGGACGAAAUCAGGGGCGAUGAUUCCGCUGAUAAAAAACCUACAGGCUUCACGGAGACACGAAGUAUCGAAACAGCAAAAGAACACGGCGAAUCAAGCGCACAUCAUGCACUUGAGCGAGAAGGUUCGCAAGUAAGAUCGACGAAUAAAAUCGGACAACAGAUACCGAAUUCUUCGGACCAUAUAGCUGACCUUCAAACGGACUUGCCGCCCGAGGGUAGCGAGUACAAUACUCCAAACCAGAAUGCGAGUAUUAAAAAAGGAAAGAUGCAAAUAUUGGUUUUGAAAAGGAAUUCUCCUAAAUCGAAUAAUAACGACACGAACAAGGCUGCGGCAGCCACUGGUGAAGAGAAAUCUGUCAACCAAAUGAAAAACAACGAUAGAUCGACCGACAGUGACGCCAUUUAUCAAGGAUAUGCAAUAUUGAGAAAAGGCGAAACAAAGCAGGACGACAUGAUACGCAAAUUGGCUCAAAUUAUUACUGACUGCAAAGAAACGACUGAAGCUAGCACCGUACACUCGUGAUAGCAUGACUAGACAAGUGUGAAGAAAUGUAACGCCAAGUAAGAAGUGAGUCAGUGUGUAAAUACAUAUUCUUAAGAUCAAUUGUAUAAGACCUUAGUGCUUAACCCGAUUAUAUCCUUCAUCGUAUUACUAUCAGUUUGUUAUAAUGAAAUUAACCGACAAUUUUGGUGAAGAAGCAAAGCCGAGAAUUGAAAGCAAUAGAUAGUUUUAGAAACGGAAUUCCGGAACGUCGAUAGACGAUAUUUUUGGUGCGUUUUUAGAGAAUAAAAACGGAAAACAGUAUAUUGAUCGAUGACAAGAAUGAAUUAAAAUGAAAUUAAAAAUGAAACGUAAAAGAAAUGCAAAAAAAAUCGAACGAACAUUGAAAAGAUACAUAAAAACCAUAGAUAUAUUGAACUGAACAAAAAAAAAAAAAAACAUGAAAAAGAAGUAACGAAGUCUGAUAGUAUAAAUAGGACUUGAUUUUAAGGAUUCAUCAUCUAUCAACUAGCAAUUAACUGAAUAAUUUACUUGAAGUGUAUUUACUUUGGUACAAUUAUUAAAAUCAGUCAAACGUGUGUGGGUUUGCAAAACGUGAAUAAUAAUGUUAAGUAUAUAUGUCAUAGACAAACAAAUAAGGAUGCAGUAUUUAUAUGUCGAUGUUAAGCCACUUACAGUUCUACGUACAUUUUAAAAAAAAUUUAAAAAAAAAAUAAAAAAAACGAUUAAAACUGAUCUUUGGAAGAGUGUUCUUAAACUUUUUCUCACGGCUAUAAGCGAUAAAUAUCUAUUUACUAAUAAAGUGAAAAUAAUCAAUAGUAAUGAUAAUUCAACAGUCAAUGGAAGCGAUAUUACUAUACUGAAUCACUUCUUACGCAAUGUUUGAACCAGAUUUAUACAUAAAAAUUAAAACACUCCAGUACGAAUAGUAUAAUAAUUAAUUACCGAACCAUUGCCAUGUGUAUGCAUAGACCCUGUUAUUCCACAUACCUACAUGUUACGAUACCUACUAUUAGGCAUCUGUAGAAGGCCCCACUCUUGAGCAUUGUUUUGAUCUCACAUUCGAGUAUUCGCCGAAUACCGAUGGUGAGAGAAUUUUCGAUGUAUCAGCGUCGGUUGAUAUGUUACUGCGAAACAGCGAAAUCUGGCGAAUGUCACAUUCAAAUAGUCGCUUAGUGUAUUGUCUAAUUUCGGUCAUUCGCGGUAGCAGAUACACGGAAUCUUACCUGACGUGUGGUGGAAAAACUAGGUAACCCGCAGACCUCUGCCUAUUACCCAUAGUUUAGAAUUUAACUAGUUUAUAAGUCGCAACGAUAACAAGCCGCAACAUUGAACAGGAAUAAGACAAGGUAUCAUCAUUAUUCAACGCUGAUAAUGAACUGUAAUCUGAUUAUUAUCAUUGUUAAUAUCGAUGAUCAAUGAACGCACUUGAUAUUAGCGAAUGUGGAGAAGCGAGAUUAAUUAUAGCUGGUAUAAUUUUAUUUAUUCUAUACAUACAUGUACCUAUAUUAAUCAUACAUACUUAUACGUGUGCUCACCGAACACGUUCCGUAAAUUGUGAUGAUUAUUGAUUAAUAAUAAUUAUUAUCCAUAAAAAUAUGAUGAUUGUAAUUAAAAGUGCAUCAACCAUUGUUCCCUGGUUAUCUAGAACGUGCACUUUGCUCUUCGUUUCAAGUGAACACUGUAGUUGCAAAUUCCGAGUUAGAUUUCUCCCUUCUAAAUACAAAGAGACUUUGGAGCAGUUAUUCCGACAUUCUGACGGAGAAACUAGAAAUUCAAACAGCGGUAUAACUGCUAAUCUAAAACCCAUUAAGGAACAAUAUUCCCAUCACACCCCUAGAUUCAUGUUCUUGCAACUUUUCCCUCCAGUUCCAUUUUAUUUUCAACUGUAAUGUGUGGAAGAAAGUUGAGUGUAUUCAUCUUAUUGUUAAUUUCAAACUCUAUUCUUUCAACUGGAAGAGCUUCAAAUCUUCAGCGAUAUCGAUAAAUUAUAAUUACAGUCGAUUUCAACUUCCUCGCACAAUGGUACAUUCUAACUAUUCUCUCCAUUGCGGUGUUAAAAAACUAGCCAGAAUUAUGCUUAAUAUCUUUCGUUAAUUUCAAUUAUUAUUUUUUUCUUUACUUUCCUCUACUCGUGAUGAAUAAUUCCCCCAUUCCGCAAUCCUAUUCUUUCCGUCUAAUCUUGUUACAUUUACGAAGAAUUAUAAUAGACUCACUUUUUAUUUCACCCGAGAUAUUCGCUGACGAAAUGAAUAAUCGUCACUAUUAUUGUUAUUAUUAUUAUUAUCAUUAUUAUUAUUAAUAUUAAUAUUAAUAUUAAUAUUUUGUCUAUAUCAGAGACUCACGUGCCUACGCUAGGUAUACAUUUUAAUGGUAGCUCACGCCGGGUGCUUCUUCGUUUAUAAUUAUUGUGUCAUCUUGAAGAUCUCAGUAUGGCGAGAAUCUGCGAACAUAGUUAUAAUAAAACAGACAUUAUGAAAGAAUAAAAAAUCAUACGCAUUUCAAACUUCA